GACGUCCGGCGCGGCCAUGGCGCUGGCGGAGGCAGCCUGCCGGGGCCGGCUGCUGCUCUGGCCCCGCGUUGUGCUCUUCGGAGACUCCAUCACUGAGUAUUCCUUCCAGGAGCACGGCUGGGGGACAUUCCUCGCCCAGAGACUGGUCAGAAAAUGUGAUGUCCUCAACCGUGGGUUCUCAGGGUACAACACCAGGUGGGCCAAGCUGCUCCUUCCCAGGCUGAUCCCUGCAGGUGCUGGAGCUGAGAGUAUUGCUGCGGUGACUCUUUUCUUUGGAGCCAAUGACAGUGCUCUGGAAGAGCUCAACCCCAAGCAGCACGUCCCCUUGGAGGAGUAUGCUGCCAACCUCAAGAGCAUGGUGCAGUACCUGGGGUCAGUGGGCAUCACUGAAGACAGAGUCAUCUUGAUCACCCCUCCUCCUCUUCAGGAGGCAGCCUGGGAGCAGGCCUGCCUUGCCAAAGGGGACAGACUGAAUCGCCGCAAUGCCACCGCCGGGCAGUACGCCCAGGCCUGUGUGCAGGUGGCCAGGGCCUGCGGGACAGAGGUGCUUGACCUCUGGACACUGAUGCAGAAGGAUCAGGACUUCUCCUCCUACUUGUCUGAUGGUCUCCAUCUGUCAGCAGAAGGCAACAGCUUUGUGGCAGCACAGCUCUGGGCACGCCUGAGGGAGAAGCUCUCAGCUCUGCCCUCACUGGGGCCCUACUGGCGUGACGUGGACCACACAGACCCCGAGACCAGUCUGCUGUGAUGGGCCCUCUGCUGAGAUGCUGGAUGGGGCCAGCUGGCUGCAAGCAAACACCUGGCUGCAGCCCAUGACCACCACAGACACUGCAGCCCUGGGGAGGAGGGCAGUGGGCAGG